CAGCGAGUGAUUCGAUGUGUAUCCUUGCUUCAUCUCGCCCUAAAAUCAAGAGUCCACCAUGAAGUUUAAUAUGAACAAGGUGGGACCGCUUUUGGCAUGGAUAAACACCAUGCUUCCAGACAAGCACCUCUGGGAGUUCAUUCCGAUGAGAGAUGGGCUUCGACUCUUGAAGAUCUGCUUCAAACUAAGGGGGAUAGAGAACACCGAGGAUUUUAAGACCGUAUCCCUCUAUAAGAAAGUGGAAAUCAUCUUCAGUGUUUUGCAGGAUGACUUUCACCUCACCAAAAGCCAAAGUUCCCUCAUCUUGCAGAAGAUCAGUGGAGGGACUGACCUGGAGCUUCAGCUGGCCAAGAUAAACACCAUGCUUCCAGACAAGCACCUCUGGGAGUUCAUUCCGAUGAGAGAUGGGCUUCGACUCUUGAAGAUCUGCUUCAAACUAAGGGGGAUAGAGAACACCGAGGAUUUUAAGACCGUAUCCCUCUAUAAGAAAGUGGAAAUCAUCUUCAGUGUUUUGCAGGAUGACUUUCACCUCACCAAAAGCCAAAGUUCCCUCAUCUUGCAGAAGAUCAGUGGAGGGACUGACCUGGAGCUUCAGCUGGCCAAGUUACUAAAUAAUACCCAUACAUCCUUGACCUCCAGCUCUCCAGUGCAGGACGUAAUGAGCACACCACAUUUCCAGUUGAAGAGACUCCGGAAAGAAUUGGUGCAUGAGGGAGACGUGAGAGACGAGCUGGAGAAAGAACUGGCCAAUCAGAUCAGCAUCAUCUCAGAGAAAGAGGGUCUGAUUUCGCAGUUACAGCACAGGGUGGAGCGAAUGCUGCGGGAGCAAGGAGAGCUGGAGAAGGACCAUAAAGCCGCACUGCUGGAGCUCCAGGAGAAGAACGAGAGUCUUCUCCACAGAGUGCAUGAGGUUCUAAAGCAGUGCCAAUACUUAAAAACAGACAACUCCCAAAAAGAGAGAAAGAUUGAUGAACUGACAGAGGAGAAUGGAACGCUUACUGCACAGGUGCGAAACACCUUCGAUCAGCUGGUGAGAGCCGAGGAAGAAGUUGCCAAACUCACACUGGCUCACGAAUUGGCAGAGACUGAGUGGAAGAGCAGAAAAGAUUUUCUGGAGAAGGAGUUAAAUGAGGCCGUCACACAAAGGGAUUGUCUGAGUGAGCAGGUUCAGAUCCUUCUGGGAAAGAUCUCCGUUCUGGAGGAUGAACUCCAGAAAGCUAAAUCUCAGGAGAAAGGAGAGGUUUUAGGGCCCAUCUUGGAGUGGGAGGAGCUUAAGCAGGAGUUGGCAGAUCUGACUCUUAAACUCGCUCAGCUUCAGGACACUAUUUUCCGUCUUGAGAAGGAGAAGGCAGAAGUUGAGACUUUGCUGGCUGAGGAGAGAGGCUCUUUUGAAAAGGAAACCAAAAGACUCCAAAUGGCGGUGUUCGAUCUGGAGCAGUCCAUCAAUAACAUCCGUUUAGAGAGAGAAACACUGCAGGAGGCUUUAUGGACACAGAAGGAAAUGCUUACCGCACAGAUAUCAGCUCUGGAAAGUGACGUUUCUCGCCUGCAACAGGUGGAAGUGCAGUUGACGGCAGAGAUCAAAAUCUCUGCUGACCUUCGCCAACAGAGAGAGGAACUGGAGGGGAAGGUUGCCUCUUUAGAUAAGAUGGUUAAUGCUCUGCACACUGAGAUCCAGGGUUUAGAAGUGGAGAGAGCAUCACAGCAGGAUGCCCUGAAUGCCCUUAUCGUUGACUUGCAAAGUGCCAGAGCCACCAUUCAGGAAUAUGAGCAGAAGCUGGAAGAGCAUCAAAAAGUUGUACAAGAGAAUGAAUCCCUGAAAAAUGAGGCAUGCACAUUACAGCAGGAGCUUGAUGAGCAUCUGCAGGCCAGUAGAGACCUUCAGGAGCAAAUAAAUAUUCUCAGACAGGAGAAAACGGAGGAGGAGAAUAAGGUUAGUCAGACUUUGGCCAAAAUCGAGAGCCUCCGAACACAAAUUCUGGAUCUGUCUGAACAGAUUUCCCUAAAAGAUGAAGAAAUCAGAAAUCUGAGGAAUGACUAUGACUCUGUAGACCACGAAUUAAAGCUUGUGAAGGAACAAAAUAUUGAAAUAAACAAAAUGAUCAAAUCAAAUCGAAAAGAGCAUGAGGACACUGUUAAGAAACUUCAGCAAGAGCUUGACUCUGCUUCUUCAGUUGCUUCAGAAAAACAAGAAGAAAUGCUGGUUCUGUCAGCGGAGGUAACAUCUCUUAAAGAGCAGAUCUGCCAUUACAGUGAAAAUGAAGUGCAGAAACAACAAAAAUUGUCUUUUUUAGAGGCACAACACAACGCAUUAAAGGAAAACAUGACUUCUAUUCAGAACCAGUUGGCCGAGGUGACAGCUACAGCUUCACAGAAGGAAUCUGAGCUCCACUUGCUUCAGCAGGAGCUUUGCCAUCAAGAAACCCUGAGAGAAAAAGCUCAGGAGCUUGAGAAAGCCAGAUGUGAGGAGCUUGAGAGGACCGUGAGUGAACUUCAGGCCACAAUCCUACAGGUCACCUCUCUUGUCUCAGAGAGAGAAGCUUGUCUAAGUUCUCUUCAAGAUGAGAUGAAGGAUCAACAAUUGAGGGCCAAUCAGUGUGAGGAUGAUCUACGCAAUGAGCUGAAGGAGAAGGUUGGAAAUCUACAUGAACUUCUAGACACUGCCAAUCGUGAUGCUUCAGACAAAGACCGUCUUCUGCAAUCUUUGAAUCAGAAGCUGAAGCAGGUGGAAUUGCUGUGCCAACAAAAAGAGAAAGAUGUCGUUGAGAUGCAUCAAGCAAAGGAAGACCUGGAAAAGAAGAUUAUUGAGCAGAAACAACAACUGGAUGAGUGCCAGCAGAAUUUAGAAAUGCUGAGAAAAGAAAGAGACCAAUUCUCCGCUAAAGUAUCAUCUCUCCAAGAGGAAAUCUGCCGUUCCCAGCAAGAAGUGUCUUUGUUACAGGCUGACCACAACGUUUUGAAGGAAAAUCUGGCUGCUCUUCAGAACCAGUUGGUAGAGGUGACAACCAGAGUUUCCAAAAAGGAAUCUGAGCUCCUCUUGCUUCAACAGGAGCUUUCCCAUCAAGAGACCCUGAAAGAAAAAGCUCUGGAGCUUGAGACAAUCAAACGUGAAGAGUUUGAGAAAAAGGUGAGUGAGCUUCAGGCCAAAAUUCUAGAGGUUUCCACAAUUGCCUCUCGGAGAGAGGCUCAAGUAAUUUCCCUUCAAAGUGAGAUGAAGGAUCAACAAUCACUUGCCAAACAGUCUAAAGAAGAUCUUCGCAGAGAGCUGGAAGAGAAGGUUGGCACCCUACAAGGAGAACUAGAUAUGGUCAAUCGUUGUGCUGCGGAUAAAGAAAAACUGCUGGGCUCUUUGGAUCAAAAGCUCAAAGAGAUGGAAGGGCUUUUCCUUCAAAAAGAUAAAGAUGUCCUUGAAAUGCAUCAGGCAAAGGAGGAGCUGGAGAAGAGGAUUGUUAAACUUCAUGUUGAGAAGCAAGAGCUUUCCGAAUGCCAGCAGAAUCUGGAAAUAUUGAGAAUAGAAAGAGACCACUUGUCAACUGAAGUAACCUCUCUCAAUAAUGAAAUCCAAAAUUACCAGGAAGAUGAAGUGCAGAAGCAACAGGAGAUAUCUGUUUUAGAGGCUGAACGCAACACGUUUAAGGAGAACAUGGAUGCCCUUGAGAAGAAAUUGGUGGAGGAAACAACUGCAGCUUCACAGAAGCAAUCUGAACUUGUCUUGCUUAAAGACAAGCUUCACCAACUAGAGAGCCUUAUAGAAAAAACUCAGGAGCUUGAGACUGCCAAGCGUGAGGAACUUGAGAGAAUGGUUAGUGAACUUCAAGUUAAAAUCUUAGAGGUCUCCACACUAGCCUCUGAGAGGGAUGCUUGUGUUAAUUCUCUUCAAGAUCAGUUGACGGAUCAGUUGAAGGCUAAACAGUCUGAAGAUGAUCUCCGUAGAGUGCUGAAAGAAAAGGUUGAAACCCUUCAGGGACAAUUGGAAACUGCCAGUCGAAACGUCUCAGACAAAGACCAACUUCUGCAGACUUUGGAUCAGAAGCUGAAGCAGAUGGAUCUGCUGUGCCAACAAAGGGAGAAAGAUGUCCUUGAUAUGCAUCAGGUAAAGGACGACUUGGAGAAGAAGAUUGGUGAGUUUGUUGUUGAGAAACAACAGCUGCUGGAGUAUCAGCAGAAUUUGGAAAUGGUGAGAAAUGAAAGAGCCAUUCUGUCAACUGAAGUAAACUCUCUCAAAGAUGAAAUCCGAAAUUACCAAGAAAUUGAACAGGAAACUUCUUUUUUAGAGACUGAGCGCAACACAUUAAAACACAACUUGGCUGCUCUUAAGACGCAAGUGGUGGAGUUGACAACUACAGCUUCUCAGAAAGAAUCUGAGCUUCUGUUGCUUCAAAAGGAGGUUUGCGACAAAGAGAAGCUUAAAGAAAAGGCUCAGGAGCUAGAGAAAGAUAUAAGUGAACUUCAGGCUAAAAUCCUAGAGGUCUCCACUUUUGCUUCUGAGAGGGAAGCUCAAAUAAGUUAUCUUAAAGAUGAAAUAAAUGAUCAGCAGUUAAGUGCCAAACAGUCUGAAAAUGAUCUCCGCAGAGUGCUGGAAGAGAAGAUUGAAACCCUACAGAAGCAACUAGAAACUACCAGUUGUGACAUCAUGGACAAAGAUCAUCUUUUGGAGUCCUUGGAUCAGAAGCUGACGCAGAUGAAACUGAAUUGCCAGCAAAAGGAGAAAGAUGUCCUUGAGAUCCAACACUCAAAGGAAGACUUGGAGAAGAGGAUUGGUGAGCUUCUUGUUGAGAAACAACAAAAACUGGAGGAGUACCAGCAGAAUUUGGAAACAGUGAGAAAGGAAAGAGACUACCUAUCAGUUGAAGUAACCUCUCUCAAAGAUGAAAUCCGAAAUUACCAGGAAGAUGAAUUGAAGGCUAAACAGUCUGAAGAUGAUCUCCGCAGAGUGCUGGAAGAAAAUGUUGAAAGCCUUCAGGGAGAAUUGAAAACUGCCAGUCGAGACGUCUCAGACAAAGAUCAUCUUUUGGAGUCCUUGGAUCAGAAGCUGACGCAGAUGAUACUGAAUUGCCAGCAAAAAGAGAAAGAUGUACUUGAGAUCCAACACUCAAAGGAAGACCUGGAGAAGAGGAUUGGUGAGCUUCUUGUUGAGAAUCAACAAAAACUGGAGGAGUACCAGCAGAAUUUGGAAACGGUGAGAAAGGAAAGGGACCACCUAUCAACUGAAGUAACCUCUCUCAAAGAUGAAAUCCAAAGUUACCAGGAAGAUGAAGUGCAGAAGCAACAGGAGAUUUCUGUUUUAGAGGCUGAACACAACACAUUAAAGGAGAACUUAGUUGCUCUUAAGACGCAAGUGGUGGAGUUUACAACUUCAGCUUCUCAAAAGGAAUCUGAGGUUCAGUUGCUUAAAAAGGAGGUUUGUGAACAAGAGAACCUUAGAGAAAGGGCUCGGGAGCUUGAGAAAGAUGUAAGUGAACUUCAGGCUAAAAUCCUAGAGGUCUCUACUCUUGCUUCUGAGAGGGAAGCUCAAAUAAGUUCUCUUAAAGAUGAAAUAAAUGAUCAGCAGUUAAGGGCCAAACAGUCUGAAGACGAUCUCCACAGAGUGCUUGAAGAGAAGAUUGAAACCCUUCAGGGACAAUUGGAAACUGCAAGUCGUGACGUCUCGGAUAAAAACCAAGUUCUGCUAACUUUGGAUCAGAAGCUCAGGAAGAUGGAACUGCUGUGCCAACAAAAGGAGAAAGAUGUCCUUGAGAUGCAUCAGGCGAAAGAGGACCUGGAGAAGAGGAUUGUUGAGAUUAAUGUCGACAAAUGUCAAUUUGAUGGGUACCAGCAGAAUUUGGAGAUGCUGAGGCAAGAAAAGGACCACCUGAGUUCUCUCAACCAGUCUCUCCAGAGGGAGUGUGACGCCUCCCAAAAGAUUCAAGCUGAGCUGGAGUUGACGUUAAAGGAGCAAAAUGGUUCCACCCUUGCUCUUAAAAAGGUUUCUCAAAAGUGUGAGGAGCAGAAUCAGGAACUCCUGAAGCAACUGAAGACUAAGUCAGAAGCAGUAGAGCACUACAAAGCACAGGUGGAGAAGGCCAAGAAUCAUUACAACGGUAAAAAGCAGCUGCUGGUGGAAGCUCAGGAGCUCAACAAAACUCUUGAGCACUCGUUGGAGGCCAGCAAGAGGGAAGUCAAAGCUCUGGAGACGGAAAUGACAUUGGCUCGCAUGGAACUAGACCAGGCGAGCACCAAGGAGAAGAAGCUUGCGGCCAAAGUGAAAAGCUUGAAGGCAGAAGUGGACUUUGCUGACAGGCAACUGCGAGAGCAGAAGAUGAUGGAAGACAAAGAGAACAUGAGACACAGAGAAAGUCUGUACAUCAGAGUCCCAGAUAAACAGCAGGACACAAGUACAGACAGCUUGGAGUUUGAGCUGAACGAUUCACUCAAUGCUAACAGUUGUUCUGCAGUACUGGGUGAAUCCAGCACUCCACUGGUUCGUAGCUCUGAGCGCUUGGCCGCUAAACGUCGUGCCUUGGGGGCCGAAUCCCUGGAGACUCUCUACUUCACGCCUUUGAGUCAACAAGGCAACAAGCGUAAAGGAGACCACAACGAUGCCUUUGAACACAAACUAGAGUCCAGUAUCACUUCCAUUGGCGAUCUUGUGGUUGACUCUGCAAAGUUGACCGCUUCGGCUCGCAGGCGACGUACUACGCAAGUUAUCAACAUCACCAUGGCUAAGAAGAGAUCAGGAAGUGCUGAAGGCGAGGAGUCAUUUUCUAGUCUGCACUCUGCCCGAUCUCAGCCCAACUUGGCAGUUCAGCAUUCACGGCCAUUCUCCAUGGACCUCUCGGAGGAAAGUGCUGUCGCAACUUUAUCAAAAGCAGACACCUUUCAGAGUCUGCCUGGAUACCGCAGAAGCACCGUGCACAACGUUGGCCCACCAAGAGCCACCAGUACAUUCUGUAUUGGAGCAGAGAAUGAACCAGAGCAUGCUGCUGAUGACUGGAUGCGCAUCGCAGAACUGCAGACGCGAAACAAAGCCUGUCUGCCCCACCUGAAGAGCAGCUACCCGCUGGAGUCCAGGCCCAGUCUGGGUCCUUCGUUCACCAUAACAGACGAGGACCUGCGAAUGGGUGACCCGCAUGAGACGAUCCGACGUGCAUCCGUGAUGCCUGGUCAGAUCCUAGAGUCCCUAAACUCUCGCCGCUUCUCUCUUGCACCAAGUUCGAGCCAGAGCUCUGCGAACUCCCAGCCCCAGCGCGCCACCAUGUUGCCGGGUCAGAUCCGGUCCAGCACUGCUGCUCACCGGGCCGCUCAGCUCACAAAAACAAGCUCACGUGCUUCAGAAAAUAAACGCAGCCCGUUGGCUCCCAAACGCCCUGGAUCCCAACUGCGAGGUCCAGACACACCUGAGGCAAAGAAGUUGGCAAGUUGCUUCCCACGACCUGUGACACCUAAAGGCAUGUUCGGCAACAGUCAAAACAGACCUCCAAACUCACCGGCCGAGCGAAGGCAAUCUUUGAUGUUCACUGUUGUAAAUACUCCAAAGAACAGCACUCGCGGUGACAGCAGGCUGCAGCGUGGCCUCAACAAGCUGCGUAACAGCGCCCGCAAAUCUCCCGCCGUGGCCGGUCGUGCCCUGCGUUCGGCGGUGGCCGGCAAGUCUCCUCGGGACUCCACUCUGAGAAAAUCUCCCCGAAACAAGUCGCCCAAAUCCUCCAAUGCCAAAAAGGUACAAUAA